AUGAGCGUCACCCGCUCGCCGAAUAACGAUUUUCUCAGGAAUACGGUGCAUCGCCAUGAGCCGCCGGUCACUGCCCAGCCUAUCCAGAUCUUGGUGGAGGAUAACGAGGUGGUGGUUGUGGACAAACCCUCCUCUUUGCCCGUACAUCCCUGCGGCAGGUUUCGUCACAACACGGUCAUCUUCAUCCUGGGCAAAGAGCAUAACCUGAAGGAGCUGCACACCAUUCACCGCCUCGAUCGCAUGACCUCCGGGGUGCUUAUGUUUGCCAAGACCGUAGAGGUAUCAAAGAGGAUCGAUGAGCAGGUUCGGGAGAGACAGCUGGAAAAGGAGUACGUCUGUCGUGUGGUGGGGGAGUUUCCAGAACACGAGGUGGUCUGUGAAGAGCCCAUACUGGUUGUUUCUUACAAAGUGGGAGUGUGCCGUGUGGACCCCAAAGGGAAAUUCUGCAAAACCAUCUUCCAGAGACUCAGUUACAACGGCAAGAGCAGCGUAGUCAAGUGUCUUCCACAUACCGGCCGCACGCACCAGAUCCGGGUCCAUCUGCAGUAUUUGGGGCAUCCUAUUGUCAACGACCCCAUCUAUAACAUGGAAGCCUGGGGCCCCGAGAGGGGGAAAGGCGGCAAGAUCGAUAAAACGGAUGAAGAACUCCUUAAGGCACUAGUGGAGGAGCAUCGUUCCAAACAGAGCCUGGAUAUCUUGGGUAUUUCGGAGGAGGACUUGCACUCCAAUGCUGAAAACAAAGACACUGGUAAUUCAAGUGACUGCACAAAGUCUGUGCAGGCUGAUCCUAUAAAUGAGAACCCUUGCGCUGCCGAGGAUGCAGAGGAUCCCGAGAGGGACGCCAACAAUCCCGAGAGAAAUGACAUAGCAGCUUGUCCACUGAACUCUGAUGAAAAGAGUUCGGAAGAGAAGGACCCUUUGUGCGUGGAGUGUAAAAUUACCAGGCGGGACCCGUCUCCCAAGGAUCUGGUGAUGUACCUCCACGCUUUGCGCUACAAGGGAGCAGAGUUUGAGUAUUGCUCCAAGAUGCCCGAGUGGGCAAUGGAAAACUGGGAGGAAUGA